AUGUCAACGGAAACGCAAAAAUUCGACGACACCGAUCCUGCAAUCGCUUACUCUCAAGGAUGGGGCAGGUUCGGCAGUGGAAGCGAAUACAACACUACUACCACCCUCAGCGUCAAAGCGGAGGAAACAGCAACUCUGGCAUUCAAAGGUUCCUCAGUUUCGGUGUAUGGGACGACACCUGCGAUUGGGAAUGUCCUUGCGUCAGCUUCCUACUCCAUUGACGACGACAUUCGCAUAAUACAAACUUCGCCCAAAGUCACUGCAAACGUCUAUCAAUCCUUAUUCUUUCAGUCGCCCACUCUUCCGGAGGCAAACCACACCUUGGUUAUUACGACGUUAGCAGAAGGUGCAUACUACUGGUUGGAUUUCAUCACCGUAACACGGGCGAUACACCCGACGAACUCUUCCGUCGGUUUUCCUCCAUCGCCAACCCCAUCUUCAUCGCAGAGUACAACACUGUCCAUCGCUUCCGCCAGCGCGCCUGCAGUCUCCGCAACAACCACACCAACACCAUCUCCUCCCCCAAAGCAACCCAAUACACUGGCGAUCACAGCUGGUGUACUAGGAGCAGUGAUCGUCAUUCUCCUUGUUUCCAGCAUCGGUGCCUAUUUGUUACGAAAAUGGAACAAAAGGAUCCUCCUACAGAAGUGGAUUGAAGGCCUUCCCGUCCAUUUUGAACAUUCGACGACAGGUGCAACGGGUUUCUGCUCCGCGACUCAAAGUCGACAUCACGGUCGCGAGUGUAUCACACCAUUCAUUGACAGCUCCAGGGACAAUCUGCCAAUGGCUGCGCAUCUGACGAAAGUUAUGCCAGGAUCGGAGCCCAUUCUCACGUCGGGGACUACGCCAACUCAGCGUUCGACGCCUCAUGGACAUGAUCAAGAACCUCUUGAUAGUCCUCCAGAAUAUUUUCAAAGGGGCUAG